AAGACAUUGGCGGGCUCCCGAGAAGUUACUCAGCGUGUCGUUACUAUGAGUGAGAGCAUUAAGGUUAUAUGCCGUGUAAGGCCACUCAAUGAACAAGAGAAAGCAAAUGACAGCAAGUUCGUGGUGUCAUUCCCCGGUGAUGGAAACACAACUGUAUCUCUUGGGGGUAAAAACUAUAGCUUCGAUCAUGUAGUUCAGCCAAAGGCAUCUCAGUUGGAGGUGUAUGAAGUUGUGGCCAAGCCCAUUGUUGUGGAUGUGUUGAACGGAUAUAAUGGGACAAUAUUCGCCUAUGGUCAAACUUCAAGUGGAAAGACUUUUACUAUGGAGGGUAUUUUAGGUGACCCAGUCUUUCAAGGUGUUAUCCCGCGGAUAGUUCACGAUAUAUUCAACCAUAUAUACCAAAUGGAUGAAAACUUGGAGUUCCAUAUUAAGGUUUCUUACUUUGAAAUAUACAUGGAAAAAAUUCGUGAUCUGCUUGAUGUUUCGAAGACAAACCUACAGGUCCAUGAAGAUAAAGAUCGAGUUCCUUACGUGAAAGGUGUCACGGAAAAGUUUGUUUCCACUCCAGAAGAGGUUUUUAAAGCCAUUGACGAGGGGAAAGUUAACCGUCAUGUAGCCGUGACAAACAUGAAUGAGCACAGUUCUCGAAGUCACUCAGUAUUCCUGAUCAAUGUUCGACAAGAGAACUUGGAAACUCAAAAGAAACUGCAUGGGAAACUGUAUCUUGUUGAUUUGGCUGGUAGUGAGAAAGUUGCGAAGACAGGCGCUGAGGGCACUGUAUUGGACGAAGCCAAAAAUAUUAACAAAUCACUUUCUGCUCUUGGUAAUGUGAUCAAUGCACUCGUGGAAGGAAGUUCUCAUAUUCCUUAUCGUGACUCUAAACUAACUCGCAUUCUUCAAGAAUCUCUUGGAGGUAAUGCACGAACAACUAUGGUGAUUUGUUGUUCUCCUGCUGGUUACAAUGAUGCCGAGACGAAGUCCACCCUAAUGUUCGGUAUGCGAGCUAAAACUAUCAAGAAUCUGGUAACGGUGAACGUAGAAAUUACGGCUGAUGAAUGGCGUAGAAGGUAUGAGCAGGAAAAGGAGAAGGUUGGCAAGUCCCACACUAUUUUAAGUCAUCUGGAAAGUGAAUUAAAACGUUGGCGAGCAGGUGAAACUGUUAACCAAGCUGAAUGGUUCACGGAAAAUCAAUAUGCUGGUGCUAUAGAUGAUACAAGAGAUUCGAUAACUACACCCAGUUUCCCCGGUACACCACUGCUAGACAGCGUCUCUACUUCUACCCCACGAUCUACUUGCCUCACAAAUGCAUCUCCAGCCUACACUCCGGGCAGUAAAACUGUCGGAGCUGGUUUGGCUUCGGCAAGGAAAGUUGGAGAUGAACAGUUACAGUUGCUUUAUCAACAACUUGACGACAGAGAUGAUGAAAUAACUAAACAGGCUGAGACAAUAUCGCGUCUUCACCAGCAAAUUGAAGAGCAAGACGUGGUGAACAAUUCUUUGCGUUUAGAACGUGAGGGACAAUUAAAAGAAAUUACAACUCUUCAGGCUGAAUACCAGUCGAGCAAAGAUGAAAUGAAGGAAGUCCUGCAAGCCUUAGAAGAAUUAGCAAUAAAUUAUGACCAAAAGGCUCAAGAGGUUGAUGCAAAAGCGAAAGAACUUGAAGAGACUCAAGAGUCCUUGCUAGAACAAACCCGUUUAAUGCAUAGUAAAGACGGUGAAUUGUUGCAGUUGAAGGAUACGCAUCAAAAUCAGAAGAAGAAAUAUACUGAAAUGAUGUCUAGCCUGUUGAAGGAUCUAAUUGAUGUUGGUGAAUGCUUGAAUGAUCAAAUCACGAAACCAUCUGUUAGUUCUGAACGAUUAGAUGAAGAGUUUGCUUUUGUUCGUUUGUAUAUAAGUAAGAUGAAAAGUGAGGCGAAAUCACUGCACUCACGUGUACGUCAAUUGGAAGAGGAACGUGUACAACAUGUACAGUUAUUGCGUAAGAGCGACGAUAAAUGUAAAGAUCUUCGAACACGACUUCAUGCUUCUGAAGUGAAAGUUGGCACCCUAAGCGAUAAAAUUGACGAGUCAGAAUCACGUAAGCGUCAAUUGCAGGAGACAGUGGAUAGCUUAAAUGCGGAGUUGGCAAAACUACGCGCUAAUGAACAAUUCAUCACCGGAUCUGGUCAACAAAAUGCACAAAUAAUAGCUGACCAAUCAGCGUUACGAGCAAAAUUAGAUGAAGAGUUUAAACGACAAUCAGAGUAUUAUGCAGCACAGAUGAAAUCUCUACGUGAUGAAUUAGACGAGAAACAGAAGAAGCUGGAGGAAUACAAGGAUGAAUUCAAUAAUUUCAAAUUCCAAUCCGAGAAAUCACAAGAGGAGGUGAAACAGUUACGUGAAGAAUUGGAGACAAAGGAGAAACGACUAGACACAUUCGAGAAGACAGCUGAGAAACGUGAACAGGCUAAAGAAGAUCUACGUGGUUUGGAAGAGACAGUCAUCAUAGAAUUGCACAGACUACACAAAUUACGACGAUUAUUCAUUCAAUAUCUUAGUAGACGAGCUAAAAAGUCUGCAAAUUGUGUGAAUGCAAUGGCAGCGGCUGAAAAAGCUACAGGUAACCAGCAAGGCGGUAAUAUGGCCAGUCAACAACAACAAAUCUCCGAAAUUAUAUUCAUGGAAGAUGAUGAUGACGAUGAACCAGGUCUAGCUGGUUCAUCGGCUCAAAGAGAGAAAAUUGCCUUCCUUGAAGGCAAUCUUGAAAAAAUAACUAAAUUGCAUAAACAACUUGCACAUGACAAUGCAGAGCUACGUUGUCAACUUUCCAAAACGGAAAAACGUCUUGAGUGUACUCAGGAGCGUGUACGCAGCUUAGAGGUAUCAUUGAAGGAGGCUAAGGAAGGAGCUAUGCGAGAUCGUAAACGUUAUCAAGUUGAAGUAGAACGUAUUAAAGAGGUUGUCCGUCAACGGAAUAUCACUGGACGUCGUGGUCAAUCACAAAUCGCUAAACCUAUACGCGCUGGACAUGCACCAGUGUCCACUGCUGGCGAUGGUCGGACAGCAGUGACACGACCAGAUAUUCCAAAAUCGUCAUAAUCUUUCAUAUACACGUGUUGAUUAUUUUUCUAUAUGACCAUAUACUUUCCUUCAUAGUUUCAUCUUAAUAGACUGUUGAUGAAGAGCCCUUUAUGUUGCGUAUGUAUGUGUGGUGUUAUGUGCUAUGUGAUUUUUCUCUUUUCUAUCUUUA